CGCUUUUGUCAUGCAUCAUCACACAUUUGAUGUUUCUUCCCCUCAAACUGAAGAUAUGUCUUUGGAUAUGUAUGCUACGAAUGCUGAUAUUUCAAUUCACUCUGGUGAUACAAAUCCAUUACCUACACACGUUUCUGGUUCUAGUAAUGAAGUUUCUUCACCUACAUCUUCAGACGGUGAAGGUCUUGCGGUGCAUACAUGCUCAUUGGAUGUGAGGCAAGGUCCCAACCGCCAAGCUACCAAAAAAAUAAUUGUUGAACUCAUCAAACACCGGUAUGCGGAUGCAUCUAGGAAACCUUAUGCUCCAAAAGAUAUUAUUGUUGAUUUAAAUAGAGAUUAUGAUUUGACUA